AUGGUAAAUAUGUUAAGUGUGGGCGAACUGACCCAAGUGCUGCCGAACAUCCUUUGGAGGGUUGUGGUCGGUUGGGUGGGGACCAACCGUGUUUGGUGCAAGUCGGCAUCUUCGGUACUUGUCUACGCUGUUUGGUAUCUCCCCAAAGCUUUCCGAAUACCUCCCUUAGACCCUAGCUCAGUUGGUCGGCGGCUAGGAGUUGGAGCAGAAAAAAUGGUGUGGCAACACUGCACGUGGAUCAGGGCGCAUGGUAUAUGGAUGUGGGAAAGUGUCGGUAACAAGCAAUGGCACGGAAAGAAAUGCUGGCGUGAGAGUGUGUCGGCAAAGGACGGUGGCACGUAUCGUGGUCUCUGCCGAGCACCGUGGCACGGGGCUUUGUCAGGUGACCACAAUCACCUGCCGAUCAUUGAUUCUCCAGCGACUAAGUCCCUCAUCACCAUUCUCCUGCUGCUUUGUCUCCUCGUCCAAAUGCCAUCCAUCCUCCCCAUUCUCAAGGCAAAACUUGCUGAAUACAUGCUCUCCCUCCCGGAUGGAGCUGCUGAGUAUGAGGAUUAUGAGCUCUGGGGCCAAGGUUUUGCCCAUUGUGUGGCUCUUCUUGAUCGUUUGGCACAUGGUAAAGACAUUCCUGAACUUGCCGAUUUCAUCGCCAAAGCUGAGCGGGGGCUCAACCACAUGGCUACCGACAACUGGCUGGUAUGGAGGGUGCGCGUCCUGCCACAGCGGGUGGCAUGCUUUGCUGUGAAGCAGCAGAAAGAAGCCAAAGAACAGGCAUUGGCUGAGGAGACUGAGAGGGCUGCUGCUGCAUCGCGGGUGGCCGCAGAAGAUUAUCAGUGGCGCUGGGACGUUGUGGUAGGUGCCAUGUUUGAUGGGUCUCUCGAUCCUGAAGAAGAUGAGCAUCAGCUGCCCGAGCUGGAUGCCAAAACUGCAGUCCCUCCCCCUCUUUUCUUUCCCUCUCCCUCCCCAGAUCCUGCUCCUUCCGCUGACGCCAUCCUAGUCUCAACAACUGUGGCUAUGAAUUGCAUGAGUGUGGACCCGACUGCUCUGAUCGCUCCAAUCGAAUCUCAAGGGAAGCGCGCUGCCGCUGUUGUCGUUGAGUUUGCUUGCCAGCGAACUCCAUUUCAGGGUUGGGUGAUUGUCUCUCUCAGUCCUGGAAUGGGUUGCAUGUUGACUGUUCAGUCGCCCGUGGAGAGGAACGGUGCCGGGAAGAUGAUGCAGGAUCCCCCUGGUUUGAUGCCUGGAGAUGCCAACUACGCCUGCCAAAGGUGGAUGCCAAACAAGGGAAAGUCCAAGGGGAAAGGGAAGUUGAAAGCAAAGGUGGCUGAAAAGUCAGGGGAGCCAGAACCAUCAUGCCCGACCAAGAAGCGUAAGGUCAAGGUACUCGUCCCCGAAUGA